AUGUUAAUAAAAUUAUUAAGCAUUUUUUUUACAUUCGCAUCUCUCAACAAAUAUAGUAUUUCUUACAUUGAGAAAAUAGCUUUAUCUUUUAUUUUUGAAGAUAUCGAGCCUAGAGUAAAUAAUCCAUAUUUAAUAUUACUUUCUAGAUUAGUUUUAUGCAACAGAGAUAUUUUUUUUCAAGUUUUCUUUACAUUUAAUUUAUUUAAAUUUAUUAAUUUAAUUUUAAAUAAUUUUUAUAAAACCUUAAGCUUGUUAACGAUAUUGCUAUGUAUAUUGAAAUUACAAAAUUGCAUUUCUAAUAUAAAAAGUAUUUCCCGUGUGCAGCGUAUAAAUUUGAAUAGAAAAUUAUUUCAUUUUGUAUGUUUUUGUGUUUUUUAUAAUCCAUCAGAUUUUCUUAUUGAACUAUCAGAAUACGCUUUUUUUGGAUUUAUAUUGACAUCUAAAUCAAAGUUAUUUAGAAUGUUCUUUAGAAAUUUUCUUAGUGCAAAAGAUUGCAAUAAUGUUUUAUUUUCACAUGUUUAUCUUUUGAUGUCUUGUUUAUUUCCCUAUUAUUAUUUAGAAUUAGAAAAUUAUAGAUCUACUUUAAUGGCUGUUUGUAUUCUUGAUUCUAUGGCAUCAAUUGUAGGUUUAUACUUUAAAAAUACAUCUAAAAGUUUUUUAGGAAGUAUAUCUGGAGUAUUAUCUGCAGUAAUUGUAAAUCUCUAUUGUUAUAAGAAAACAAAUUUUUUUUAUUUUUUAUUUGUAGGAUUAAUAGAAUAUAUAGAUUUAUGCAAUGACAACUUGUCAAUACCUCUAUUUUCUAUAUGUUAUUAUAAAAUUAAAAAAGUAAUAUAA